AUGGCGGCGAAGGCGCGUCCUUAUCGGGGGUUCAUGUCACCCUUUUUGCAUCGCCAGUUUGGCUAUGUGAUGGGGUUGACGCUGGCCAUCUGCUACGCCUAUGCGCUAUGGCAAGGCCAAUUCAAUAGCUGGAUCUGGGUGUGGUUCUUCGCUGGUAUCCGCGCCCUAUUUCUUUUCAUCGGCUUCUUGUUCACUCUGUGUCUUACCAUGGCACACACCCAUUCUGGCGAGCGAACAAACCCCUCCGAACUGCAAACCUUCACCCAAUACCUCUACAGCUUCUCUACACUCAGCACGUUCGUGUGCUAUGCCGGCUCUGCAUACUGGUUUGCCAUGGUCUACAUCCUCUCGCAACCCGAGAAAUCUAAUCUGGGCAUAGUCGACCCGGGGAAGACUUAUGAAAGAUCGAGGAUGAACGAGCGCCCACUUUAUCUCUAUACUAUGUUCCUGCAGCUCGCUGCCGUUCAGGCCGUCUUCCAUCUCUACAGAGACUACGGUCGCCUCCGCCUCCCUUUCAACAAUCCUGCCUCGGCAGAAGGCGUGCCAUCUCGCUCGCGCCAAGUCGCUCUAAAGAAGAGUCUUCUUCCUAUACUCCACGACUCCAUCUCCCGCGUCGGCCUCUUCCUCAUCUUCGGAAAUGUCACGUACUUCCUCUUUCUUAGACGUCUGGUUUGGAGUAUCGGUUAUCCUUUCGCCAAGGUUCGCGAUAGCACCAUCUUGGGCAACAAGCCGCGCCCGGGAUUCAACCCAUUCGAGCUUACCGGUCGUCUGGCUGUCGAAGGCAUCAUGUUGACCUACCUCUGGGAGUUUGCAACCACGGCCAUGACCAUCUACUUGUCCAAAGAGCCUGUCAAGAAGGAUGCGGAACACAAGCCCAUGCCAAUCACCAACGACUCGAAGGAUCCAAAUGGCAGCUUGCUCUCCGGUCUGAGGGCCAAGAAGGACUUGCUCAGGACAUAUGCAUUCUGGGAGCUUGCCAUUAUAUCCCAGCGCUUCCCAGAUCGCCGCGCUGCCAUAUACAAGGAGAUUGAUACUAAAACAUUCAAAGCUGUUCUCGAAGCGUGCUUGGCUGAGAUUACAGCAGUCAAAGGACGUAUCGAAGCUGUUAGCGCUCCUCCGCCUCCACCUCCACCAACGGAGGUGGAGAUGGCACAGCAGCGCCUCCAGCAUGGCUACGCUCACAGGCCUCUUAUUGCCGAACCCCUCAAGGCCGACGAUAUCUUCGCACCCGUCGAUGCACCUGUAGGACGCGCAGCGAAAGAAUUCCGCCGCGCCAAAGACUUCGCUAAGGCUCAAGGAAAGCACCCGGGCCCCCACCCGUUCGCGCCGAUUGUGCAGGAGGAGAUCCCCCGUCUGAUCGAGAACACGACACAGAAGCUGCCGCAGGCGAGCGCGGUCCAAGCGUCGCUACAGCAGCUGCUGCGCUCUCCCUUCGGCGCACCCUUCCGCCAGACAUUUGCGCGCCGCGCCGCCGUCAUCGCGCUCGGCUCGCCGCACAGUCGCGCCACGACCGUGGUGAACGCUGUGACGGCUCUUACGCAGUUGGCACUGCGUAGUAUCAAGGAAGACGUUUACGGCGUCGUCAACCGCGAUGUCGUCGUCAUCAUCCGUACUUUCAUCGCCGUCUUGACGUCGCUCGACAGCUUUGUCAAGACUGGUCUGGAUGUGCAUUGGAGUGAUGUCGCGUAUGAUGAGAAGGAGAGCAGAAGGUAUAAGAACAUGGGCGAGGUGGGCGAGGUGGUGGCCGCACUGCGAACGGGCUUGAAGGAGGUGUUGGGACAGUUUGAGAUGUACUUGAGGGGGAUGGAGAUGAGCGAGAAGGAGUUGCGGGAGGCGAAGGAAUUAUUGGCGGCGGUGAAGGUGGGAGCGGAUGAUCAAUAA